AUGGCCGCGGUCGCGCACCCUUCACGACCGACGAUACGGCGGAACUCGCCUCUGUCGGUGUCGAACGGCGUGUACGGCUUUUCAUCCGACGCGCCGAUGUUACGACGCAUCGAUAUUGGUGACAGCGAUUCCGACGACGAGCCACCGCCCGCGAUCAAAUUCUCGAAAGAAACGCAGGCGCUGUUGGCCGGCGCGCCGCCGCCUUCGUCACCACCAAGACACGAGCAGCAAGCGUAUGAGUUACCGCGCUUCAAGAGCUCGAUCGGAAGUAGUACUCGCGCAGCACCAGGAGCAACAGCAGCAGAUACGCCUAGCAGAGCCCCCGGCAUAAAAAUUAUCCGCCGCAGUUCACCUCCGCUUUCUGGCGAUCGAGUGAGAGCCGGCAGUACGCCGCCGAGAGUUGUGCAGAUUGGUGGGAACAAGGGUUCUGCGAGUUCCGGGAAGCGAUCGAUCAGUAUUGCGGGACCAUAUCAGCAGCGAUAUCCGAUGAAGAGGGAUCCAACGCCUACGCAUGAGGGGAGACAGGAUGUUAUUACGCCGGCGCCAGGGCCGAGGGCGUUGAGGGUGAGGACGCGGUCAAAUAGUGCGCUGUCGCAGGAGGCGCAUGGGUCGGGUGCCAGGGAAGGAGCGCGGUCGGCUAAUGAGACGGGUAACGAGACUAGUGAAGGCGAGGAGCUGAGACGUAGUAUCACUCAGCAUCAUGCGCCGGAGACGGUCUCGAGGCUUGGUACGUCGACUGUCGGGAGGUCGAGGAAUCCAUCUGCUGAUCCAGCGCCGCCGCCUGGGUCUACGAGGAUCAAACGGGCGCCGAAUGGGACGGGGUCGUUCUUGAAAUCUGGACCUGUACGGAGAGGGUUUCGGAGACGGGAUAGUGAGGACAACAUCUCGCCAAAUGAUGAGGCGCAGCAUGGAUCUGCGUCCCAGAAUGGCUCUAAUGGCUACUUCCCGACUUCCGGGAGUGCAACGCAAGCGAGCAGACCGCCGAGUCGGACAGGUAGUGUCAACGAGCAUGCGCCUGCUGUGGAGCCGGUGUCUAUACACGACUUUGCGCAGAAAGGUCAAGCUCCUGCUGAGGCGAGACCUCCGUCACGACAGACUGGAUCGUAUCUUUCGCGAAGUCAGAUGAGCAAUGAUUCGAGACCACCAUCACGGAAUGCGAAUGAGCGUGUACGGAGUCGGCAGACGAGCGUUGAGCCUCCACAGGUGAGGAAGCAGUCAAGUGUACACCACGACGAAGCACCAGCAUUAGUACACCAUGACCCGCCCCAACGACGACCUAGCAUCGACCAGCCGCAAUCACGGCCAGCAAUGGAGACUAAACCAGCACAGCAGAAACCAGCACCCUUCAGAACAGCACAAUAUCGAUACGCCGCGCCAAAAAUCAACACCGACGCCUCAGAGGACCAGGAGAACAUGCCACCACCCACAUUCAAACGCAACAAAGAUGCAGAGUUCAAGCAUCUCGGCAAGCCAUCCAAUGCUGUCCUUCAAGAUGAGAACAAGCCGAAAGCACACCACACUGAAGACACUCCCGUCCGAGCACCAGCUCAACAGGAGCAGCGCAAAGUCCUCGGUGCUAUCAGCGGCAACACGCCUCAUCGCGCUGCCCCUGCGCCUCCGCCGAAGAUGUCGGUACUGGAGACCGCGACCACGACAGGCGGUGCUAGUGUCACCAAGUCGAAGAAGAAGCGAUCGCAUAUCGUCAUCAACGGCAAGAUCUUUACGCAGAUGGGCAAGGUGGGCACUGGUGGGAGUAGUCAGGUUUUCUGCGUGAUGGCGGAGAACUUCAACACUUUUGCUUUGAAGAAGGUUAAGCUGAAGGAUGUUGAUGAGGCUGCUGUGCGUGGAUAUAAGGGGGAGAUCGAUCUGCUGAAGAAGCUUACUGAAGUCGAGCGCGUGAUCCGGCUUUUCGACUGGGAGUUGAAUAACGACAAGCAGGAACUGCUUGUGCUCAUGGAGAAGGGCGAUACCGACCUCAACCGCCUUCUGACGCUCCGCCUGAAUGGCGACAAGGCCCGCUUCGAUCCAGUUUUCACCCGCUACCACUGGCGGGAGAUGCUCGAGUGCGUCCAAGCAGUCCACGACAUGGACAUUGUCCACUCCGACCUCAAACCCGCCAACUUCCUCCUUGUCCAAGGCCGUCUGAAGCUCAUCGACUUCGGCAUCGCCAACGCCAUCGACACCGACAACACCGUCAACGUGCACCGCGACAGCCACGUCGGCACGCCCAACUACAUGUCUCCCGAGAGCAUCACGGACACCAACGCACCAGCCCCCGGCGAAGCGCGCGAAGACGGCGCCGGGAGGCCUUUGACGAAGGAUAUAAAGAUCGGCAAAGCGAGCGAUGUCUGGAGCUUAGGCUGCAUCCUAUACCAAAUGACCUACGGCCGCCCGCCCUUCGCGCACAUCCAAUCGCAACUCCCGCGCAUCCUCGCCAUCACGAACAAGAACUACGCCAUCUCCUUCCCGGACGUCGGACUCGGCGAUAUACCCGUGCCUGCGUCGCUGAAAGGCGUGUUGAGGAAAUGUCUGAACCGCGACCCCGAUCGUCGACCGACGGUGAAGCAGUUGUUGAGUGAUGGGGACGUGUACAUGAACCCGGAGCAACCCGGGACGGUCAUGAUGGGGGAGGAGCUGUUGAGGCAGAUUAUUGGGAAAGUGGUGGAGAGGUGUCGGAAGGACUUCCCUGGGGAAGAGGAGGUUAGGGGGUAUCCGAGGGGGUUUAUGGAGAAGAUAAGGGGGUUGGUGGAGUAUGCUUGA